AUGGAUUUACUGGAGAGGCUGAGAUCGUGUGACGUGACGGCCGCACAAGGCUUUCCGCCGGCUUCCUCGCUUCCCCAACCUUCGCCUUCCCCGGCCGAUGAACAGAAAAAAUCAAAGGGGGAAAGGCGCGCGGUGGUUGAAGGAGGAGAGACGGCGGUGGGGAUCCUGUGUAAAUACCCUAGUACUUCCCAGUUCCCAAAUGCAAUUAAAACUUCAAAUUAUCACACUACCCUUCACUUAUCAGUUAACAAAGCAGCAGCCCUGUCCAAACACACUACAAAUGGUGAAAUUCUAGUGCUCUUGAAAAUUGCAGUCCUUAAUUGUUCCUUCCUCAAAGAUAAUGUUGUCCCGUUUGCCCUGAAAUUCAGAAAUUUCCAAACUCGCAGAUUUGACUAUUUACCCCCAAAUUCGGAUUUCAAGUCCUCGCCCUCACCCCUCGGGGUGCUUCAUCGUCGCCAUCAUAUCCCUAAGGUGCGGUGA